AUGUCUACCGUUCUCAUUACAGGAGCCAACAAGGGUAUUGGCCUUGGCUUCGUCAAGAAAUACCUCAACCGGCCAAACACCACCGUCAUCGCCGGCGUCCGCAACCCCACCUCCCCGGAAGCCAAAGCCAUUUCCGAGCUACCCAAGGCAGAUGGUAGCAAGGUGAUUAUCGUCAAGAUCGAGAACACAUCCGACACCGAUGCCGCAGAAGCCGUCGAGAGCAUCAAGAAGCAGGGAGUUGACAAGCUUGACAUUGCUAUCGCCAAUGCGGGGAUCUAUGGAACCGAUGCUUUUGUUAAGGUAUCAGAGAUAAAGACAAAGGACCUGUUGGAGCACUUUGACGUCAACACCGCUGGCACAGUGCGGUUAUUCCAGGCCGUUUUGCCGCUGCUGAAAAAGGGUGAUAACCCUCGCUUCUUGGCGCUCUCAUCUAUCGUUGGUACUAUCGGCUUGAUGGAUCAGAUUCCAUUCAAUGUUCCUUCGUAUGGUUCUUCCAAAGCUGCGAUUAACUUCCUGACUCGUCGUAUCCAUUUCGAGAAUGAGGAUUUGAUCUCUAUUGCUGUUCAUCCUGGUGCUGUGCAAACCGACAAUGGCAACGCUGCAGCUCGAUUCUUUGGUCUUCCUGAAGCCAACGUAACCUUAGAUGAGAGCGUUGAUGGUCUUGUUGGAAUUCUUGACAAGGCAUCCCGAGAGGAGACUUCUGGAAAGUUCCUGUCAUACGACGGCACGGCCAUUCCAUGGUAA